GAUCUUUGAUUAUACCAGGCGAAAUCUGACAAAACUAUCAACGUACACGAUAAGUAUUUUAACUUGCAGACGUAUUUAAGAUCAGACAUGGCUGUAGCAAACACGGAUCCUGUUUUGAAAGAGUGUGAACUGAAACACUGCCUGCCACAGAUAUAUAAGGCACUGUUGACAGCUUCAUGCCUGUCAUGUCCCAGUGACCCAAUACAGUUUCUCAAGAACACUCUGUUGGCCUUCCAGGGACAUGAUAAUCUCCAGGAUGUAGACUGGCACAAGUUUGUUGCUGAUGUACAACAGCGCAGUGCAACAACCACUUCUAUGAUCUGUAGAAGUGUAGACAAGGCCUAUAUGGAUCCAGAUGAGGACAUGGUACAGUAUAGUUUAGUAGCAUAUGCGCCAUUGAAAUUCAAAGAAGGCCUACAGCUAUCACAGGAAAAAUUUAACAAGCUGUUGCUUCAGGUGUCUGACAGCCUGCCUGCGUACCUGUUCACUGAAUUAAUGAUGAGCUGGGUCCACAGGAAGUGGAAGAGGUUCACCAUGCAGAGCAAGAGAGAUACCAUAGAGCUGGCUCUGCAGAUGGACAUGACAAAGAAGCACUUUGAGAGGAAAUGCCAGCAGGUUGCACUCACCAAAUGGUUGAACUGGGUGAAAUUACACAAGAGGACACAGGCUGCUGCCAUAGAGAAACUUGAGAGACUUGUAAAUGCUGGUCGCAAUAAGCGCAUCAUAGCUGCAUGGUGUAACGUUGCAAAGGACGCCAAGAGGACAAAGGAGUACUUUAAGAAGUUGGAAAUGGGUUCUCUAGAAAUCAACAGCAAGGACCACCAGAUUGGAGAAGGAUGUGAUGGACUCUCAGUGCUCCCUGGCAGCCUUGCGUUGAAGGUACUUCUUCUUAAACCUCACAGCGUUCAUGAAGUUCACUCAGAAACCCUGUCUGGGUACCUAAUUUUCCCCUUGGCAUCAGCCAGAUAUUACCAAGGCGAGGGAUGUUCAUGUGAAGUUAAAACCUGGAGGACCAAAUAUCGAUCAAAAGAUCAGUAUGAAAAUUGUUUCAUUGCUUUAAUCUGUGGAUUUCUUUCUCAUAACAUUUGGCACAGAGGAGGGUGUGCUGUAAUUUUUAGUCAGAUAAAUAGAGAGGCAAUUCUUGUGUCUACCCUCUUUCAUUUCACACUUUGCAGAAUUAUCAGAUACUGUAUGUUGUAUUAUUUUUUUUUUCUACAGAUCUUUCAAUAUCUAGAAUUACGAGACUGGCUGAAUUGUGCUGAGGUCUGUUGCACAUGGAAAGCUAUCAUCCAGUCAGGCACACUGUGGAGUCAGAUCAACUUCUCUGUAGAGAAAGACUGGAUAACAGACAGCACAAUGAAGCAGAUUCUGCAGAACUAUCGCCCAUUUGUUAUCCAUCUUAACCUGCGGGGCUGCACAUCACUUACAUGGCCCAGCUUGAAAUGUAUCAGUGAGUAUUCCAGAUCCUAUUACUACAUGAAUGCACAUACUCCUCCACACUCUCCCCAGUAUGUUCAGGAGGGGAACGACAGAUCAGGCCAGAGUGCCUCACCCCUGGGUGAUGAUGCAACCAGUGAAUGCAGGAAUCUCCAGGAGCUCAAUGUAUCAGAGUGUUUUAAUGUCACAGACAUGAUGGUUCAGAGACUUGUCGAAGGAUGUCCCUGCCUGCUCUACUUGAACCUUUCCUGCACACUUGUAACAAACAAAACUCUAAGAGAACUGUCCAGGAACUGUCUCAACCUUCAAUACCUCAGUCUGGCAUACUGCUACAGAUUCACAGAUAAAGGUUUUCUAUACCUGACCACAGGGAAGGGCUGCCACAGUCUCAUCCACCUCAACCUGUCCGGCUGCACUCAGAUGACAGUAAAUGGGUUCAAAUACAUUUCAGCCGGAUGCCCUUCACUCAAAGAGGUUGUGAUUGAUGACAUGCCCACACUGUCAGAUAGCUGUGUCUUGGCACUACUUUCCAGAUGUCGCUGUCUGUCUGCCAUUUCUCUGCUGGAUGCUCGUCAUCUUUCUGACGUUACCUUCAAAGCCAUCGCUGAAGCAGCAACACUGAAGACUUUCAGUACAGAGGGUAACAACCAACUCUCAGACGUCAGCUGGAAGGCCCUGUGCAGCAGCUCGCAAGGCCUCAGCCGACUCCACGCUGCAGAAUGUCCCAGAAUGACUGACACAAGCCUCAAAUCUGUCGCUACCCUCAGGGACCUGCAUUACCUGGACAUCUCACUUUGCCACAAGGUGAGUGAUGUUGGGAUCAAGUACUUGACUGAAGGUUCCUCAGUCACCAAAUUGCGAGAGCUAAAUGUCAGUCACUGCAGCCACAUCACUGACAUCUCUGUCAUGAGGAUUGCACAAAGGUUGUGUAAACUGCACCAUCUCAACUUGAGUUACUGUAAGAGACUGACUGACAUGAGUCUGGAGUGGCUGAGUGGCAGCUCUAUCUGCUCUCUUGACAUCAGUGGUUGCAACAUCCAGGAUCAGGGACUGGCUGCUGUUGAGGAAAUUCGCUUGAGGAAGUUAAUUCUUGCUGAGUGUGUCUACAUCACAGACAUUGGCAUAGAGAAGCUGUGCAAGAAUGUGAGAGAUCUGGAACAUGUUGAUGUGUCUCACUGUGUAGCUCUGUCUGACCCAGCCAUCAGAGCCAUUUCGUUUUACUGCACAGGUCUGGUCACACUGCGGAUGUCAGGUUGUCCCAAGAUGACAGAUGUGGCAGUGCAGUAUCUGACAAGUGGAUCUCGGUACCUGCGAGAGCUUGAUGUGAGUGGCUGUGUUCUCCUCACAGAUCGCACACUACGACACUUACAAAGGAUCUGUCCUCCGCUCUGCUCCAUCACAAUGUCCUGCUGCAGCAGCAUCUCCAAGUUGGCCGCCUUAAAGCUGCAGCCACGUGUGAAACACUGGGAGCACAGCAACGACUACCCUCCAUACUGGUUUGGGUACAACGUGGGUCAAAUAGUGCAUCCAAUAACAAGACCCAUCAUGACUGAUGACACCUGGGAUGUGGUAGAGCAGCACUCAGUGAUAACAAGAGCAGCAAGUAAAGAGAGGACAUAAACAGAUCUCAAUAAGUAAUGAUUUUAUAAAAACACAGUCCUAAGUAAUAGGCACAGCAUUACUGAUAAUCAUGCAGUCACAGCAGCUAUCACUAUAUUACAUACUUUAUAUCAAAAUGUAUUAAAGGCAUUUUCAACAAACCAUCAUUUGAGAUAACCCUCAGCAAAAUCUCAAAUUACUGGUUAUAAUCAGCUUGAGUUUCACUGUUUUGUAUGUACCCUACCUGUUUGAAUAGAAGGUCAGAAUUAGCACUGCUUCAGCUGUCUGCUUGACACAUUAUAUUUCAUCAGCUCCUGACAGUGGAACAUCCUGUGCUGUCCUGUGUUGCCUUUGAUACUGUAGAUCACUUUUUGCUUCUACAUAAAUUUUUACACAUUGCCUUUGACGCUUGGCAAGGCUCCAGUGGCUGAAUUCAAGUAUGUGAUUUUCACUGUGGUUUUCUUCAGGGGUCCUUUAUUGUUGACAAUUUAUAGUAAGGAUAUGAUAUGAAGUUGAUAUUUAAUAUAUAAUUUGCAUGCUAAAUUUUCUUUUGCUCCUUAUAUUCUAUACAGCCAUCCAUCAAAAGUCAGCAACUUCUAAAUUGUAAGUUUGUUUUAAACUAAGAUAUACAGUUUAAAAAACCUUACUGCUCCAAUUUUGGGUUGUAUAUACUGUAUUUCUUAGAUGACACUAGGAUAGAUGCUGCCUCAGUCUAACUACAACAGAUUCCAGAUUGAGGAGAAACUUAAUUUAAAAUGUUCCAGAGAUGGCUAGUAGGAAGAUUACUGAGAAAAGUUGCCACCCUGUAUAUGAAGAGUUGCUUCUUUAUCCCUAGCAAAAAGAAAAAUAAUUUUAGAUUAUAGAGAUACAAUCUAUAGUUGAGCUGCAGCCAUAAUUCUGAAAUCACUGGACGCUGUUUACCAUGCAGCACUAAUUAUUAAUCACAGAUGACAAGUAUAACACACACCACUGUGUGGAUGCAAACGUUGUCUGGCCAUCUGUAGGAUUAAAGACAUGACUAUCAUUAGUAUAUAUUCAAUUGCAAAGGUUUUUACUUCCAUAUACAAAGAACCAACUACAAAUCACUUUAUUUUUGGACCUCAGGUCAACAGCCUGAUUUCAGGGCUUGUGAAAUCUGAUCAGAAUUGUUUUGUUUCUUUGUCUAAAUUUUGUGAUAUAGUAUAAUAUAUAGAUAGUUUGUCCAUGCAAUGUCUGUGUACAACUAUGUUGUUUAUUUAUGCUUAUUAA